AUGUCUUCUCCUGGGCAGGUGUGUCACCAGCUAGUGGCAGCUGUGUGGAGCAAAGGGCGGCAGGAGAUCCACAAUGGUCUGGCGGUGCCGUCAACCUCCAAGAUCAACCGACAGCUGUGGCACACGUGUGAAAAACAGGUGACCGGGGACCUGCUGCGGGAGUGGUCCAUUCUGCUGAUGGGCUCACCGCUGGCGGCGGCUGCGGGGAACGGCGAGGAGGGCUACGCGUACGUGUUCAAGGCGCGCGAAGGCGUGGAGGCGCCCUCUGACUUUGAGCAGCGCGCCCUCGCGCGCAGCUGCACCGACAUCCAGGAGGGGCAGGAGACAGGCGACGUGCAUUUUGCGACUGAGCUGGCGCAGAAGCUGGGGGAUUAUGAGAAGGUGUGGGGCAGGCUGAGGGCGGAGGCUGGACUGGGCCCUGUCAAGAAAGCAGCCGUGCUGGAGCAUCAGGGCACGCCGGACGGGAGCUCCUGCAGGGACUACCACAAGCAGUGCGCCUGGUGGGCCGACAAGGGGGAGUGUGCGGCCAACUGGCGCUACAUGGUGGGCGGGGAUUACCAGAAGGCGCUCAAGGGAUUCUGCCGCUUCAGCUGCGGCGCCUGCAGCCUCUCUGCAACCUCAGGGUUGGGGGAGGAGGCUGAUGCGCGGCUGGAGCAGGAGAGCGCAGCGCUGCUGGCGGCCGUUGACGCACAGCUGUGCGCGCAGCGGCAGCCCUGCAGCGGCCUGUCGGGGGACGCGCACCGAGCGAUGGACACCGCCAAAACAGGCGGCGCUGCCACCUCCGCCGGGGAGCCCAGCCCUGAUGUCAUCGCCGCUGGCCGAAACAUGGUCAGAGCCCAGAUGACACUCAGGGAGAACCCCUUGACUAAUCUUGAUGGACCGCUGCAGCCAAGCGACUUCAAGGACGUGCUGCCUGGCAGCCUGGGGGCAGCGGUGCUGGAGGAGGUGGCGGCGCACUGCUACUACGUGAGCCACGGCUGGUGGAGCUACGAGCUGUGCCCUGGGCACCACGUGGGGCAGUUCCACUCCAUCGAGGGCGAGCGCCGCAUCGAGUCCGUCCUCAGCCUUGGCCGCUACGACGCCGUGCAGGAAGGAAGGAAAAACCUGGGACCAAACUCGUGGCCCGUCCUGAGCGAAGCCGCAGACAAGCUGCCAGGGGUGCAGGAGGGCCUGAGCGUGCCUUUCAUCGAGACGACUUACAGCGGCGGCGCAUCCUGCGACGGCUCCGAUGCCAGCGCCAAGCGCGCCAGCAAGGUGCAGCUGGCAUGCUCGCCGGAUUCUGAUGCCUACAUGCUUGUGCGCGAGCCGGAGACCUGCCGCUACGUGGUAACUCUGUACCACCCCAGCAUCUGCACUGUGGAGGGCUACAAAUACCACAAGACGAUGACACUGGACGAGGUCAUGUCAACGCUCAAAGUGCCCAACAUCCCACCCACCCAAGCUGCGGCAGACCGGGAGGAGCUCUGAUGCGCGUGGCCCUGAAGCAUAAAAAGAAUUAUUUGUUGCACAUGCAUGCUGACAGGUUUUAUCUGAUGGUGUGCGAGUUGUAGGGAAUUUACAGAUGCAUCAUUUUUGUGAUCCCGCCAAACCUCUCUUAACAUCUAUCAAUGUCACUGGCAGACCAUUCCUUGGCCAUGAGGCAGCAAGCCGAAAGACUGGUGUCUUCAAACGCGUGAAUUAAAUUCUAAUAUUCCUGC